UUUAAUUUUUUUUGUUUCCCUUCUACGUGACUUUACCGAAAGAACCAAGAAUAUAAAAAAUAGUAUAUUAACUCUGCUGUAUCCGCCCUAUUGGUAUUAUUGUAGGUUACUCGUGUGCAUACAUGUAUGUCUUGUCACCAAUCCUACCACCACCUCUGUCGUCAUUAUAUUGUGCAACUCGCAACACAACCACCAAAAACAUGCUUACAAAGGUAUCCUCUACUGGAGAAAACUGAAUAUUAAAGCACUGAUAUACAUCGAAACAUAAUACCAUAACACAAAAAGUACGUGUUUUAUUACAUACAGUAUCUUGUGUAUCUAAGGGUAAUAACCAAGACCAAUGCUAAUUAUUCUGCUUGAUUAAAUACAAAGUGAGCCACAGUGAAUGAUUCGGGAAUUGAGCGUGAGUCAAGGAGUUCAUCUGACCCGGGGCUACGAGAGAAAAGCGAUCCGUCCGGCUUGGUGCAAAUUCCCGUUCCAGGUAUAGAGUUGAGCAACUAAUGAAUAAUAAAGCAAUUAACGCGCACAACAUUUCACGGACACAGAUGCACAAACACUUGAGGCGCAGAGCCAAGCUCAGUGUCACUAGAAAGCCGGGAGAAAGAGAUGUGAGGCCUUUUAAUUUCCUCUUCACAGUCGGCGAAGAAUGAACGAUGCUGCUGCUGCUGGUGUAAAUGUGCAGCAGCGGCACGGCGACGGUGGCGACUCUCGACACGGCUGCACCAGGAGGAACGACGCCCGGCGGUGGCAGUCCACGGCACUCGGUGUAGAGACGUGAGCUGAAGUUCAGGAGACGAUGCCGGUGGUAGAGGGGCGAAUUAAGAGGCUGCAGCGGAGGCUGUUCAUCCGAAAUACGCUUGUCUGCGAGGCGAUGGCAGAGUUCGUGGGGACGUACAUUCUGGUUUUGUUUGGGUGUGGCUCGGUGGCGCAGGUUGAAUUGAGUGGAGGACUCAAGGGGCAGUUCCUCACGAUCAACCUCGCCUUUGGGUUUGCGGUCACCAUGGGACUGCACGCCGCUGCAGGCGUUUCAGGUGGACACCUGAACCCAGCCGUUACAUUUGCGUUUGCCGUUCUGGGUCGCUUCGAAUGGCACAAGUUACCUCUCUACAUGCUGGCUCAGCUCCUCGGAGCUUUCAUGGGCGCAGGCACCGUGUUCGGACUGUAUUAUGAUGCCUUCCUGUUCGCCGCCAAUGGGAACUACACAAUUCAGCUGGCUGGAGUUUUUGCCACUUACCCGUCAGAGCACCUGUCUCUGGGAAAUGGAUUUGUGGAUCAGCUGAUUGGCACUGCAGCCCUGCUGGUGUGCAUCAUGGCGGUGAUAGACAAGCGUAACAACCCGGCUCCAAAGGGCAUGCAGCCCUACAUAAUAGGCCUCGUCGUCGUCCUCAUUGGCCUCUCCAUGGGCUUCAACGCGGGGUACGCCGUGAACCCGGCCCGUGACCUCGGCCCGCGUCUCUUCACGUCCAUUGCUGGAUGGGGUUGGGCAGUCUUUUCGUCCGGUAACUACUGGAGCUGGGUGCCUGUGGUGGCACCCAUGAUCGGUGGGGUGCUCGGUGCGUUUUUUUACGAGCUGUUCGUUGGAUUUCAUCUUAUGGAGGCGUCACUCACGCCAGCGGCGGAGCCCCCACCGUCUCCACGAGAAAAAAAGAGCCUCCUCAAGCUCCAGCCGGAAAGUAUGGCUGAUGUCAUGUGCUGAGUCGGCACACGAGGAUCUGGAAUUGAGCUGCGGGGCCUGUGAUUAUCGAUGCAUUUGAAUGAGGCUUAUCCAGCUGCGUUUGUGUAACACAUCUAACUAAGGGUUUAACAUGCUCUGUCUGCUAGAACUUUUAGUUUUACUCAAGCUUAAUUUCAAUGUUUUGGUACUAAUCGUGUCAAUCACGUCGAUUUUAAUAAAAUAUAUAUAUAAACCUGU